AUGUCAAGAAAUUCACAAUGUCGAUCUAUUGUUAAUGCAAUUUCAACUACUCUCACUACAGAACCAGAAACGGAUUGCAAUACAACUGUACAGGAUUGGUCACCAACCGAAAAAUGUCCAUUUUGUGAUGGUUUACGAGUAUCCACGGAUGAUUGCUCUGAAAAGGAUUCCAUAAGAAUAGAACCUGAAAAUGAAAACGCAAUAAGCGACGGUGAAUAUUACAGUGCUAGUUGUUCCAAUCAAUCUAAGAUAGAGCAAAAUACAACAACAAAUAGCUCUACGGAAAGCAUCGAACAUCCGGAAUCAUCAUCCGUUUGUUUACAAUCUCGUCUACCUUACAUGCAUCCAUUUUCAAACAUCUGUACUCCAUCCGUCCUUCCUGUGAUGACGCCAUUUGUGCCUCUUCCUGAAAUAGCAAAUCAGCUAUUUUGCCAAAGCCUUUUACAAUGGAAUACAUCAAACCUAUUGCUACAACAAAUCAAUUCACAACGUUCACCAGAGAAUUUACAUAAUUCAAUUAAUGAGCAAUAUUUAUUGGCUUCAAAGAGAAAUACCUUAAUGCAUGGUAAAGAAAAUGGUAAUAUGGAAACGAAUCAUCGAAUUCAACAGAUGAUUCCUUCAGUAUCUGCUAAAUCAGAUAAUGUAAAACGAGCUGCUCAUAUGUGCAAUAACAACGACAUUUCAACUUUAUAUGCUGGAUCAUCAAAAUCAUCGUUUAGCAAUGAAUCAUUGGUGGAAAGACCGACCGCAGUUUACAAGGAAGGAAAUAAUAGUAAUGGAAUGAUUGAAGAAGAUCAACCGUUGGAUCUUAGCUCACAUCGUGCUCUUAAGGCAGCUACACAAUGUGCUGCUAUAUCAUCAUCAUCAUCAUCAUCACCCGCUGCUCAUAAUUCUCGGGAUGAAAGACGAUUACGCGCAUUAAUCAAUGUCAUCUCGGAUAAAACAUCCAAUCCAAUUUCUAUGGAUGAGGAAAAUAAUUCUGUAAUCAGUCAUGCAAAAAAUGCAAUUGGAACACGAACCAUUCAUCCACCGAUGAGCAAAAGAAAUUACACUCAGGCAGAUUUAGAUGCUGCUGUACGGGAUAUCCGAUGUGGCCGUCUUGGAACACGACGAGCCAGUGUGGUUUACGGAAUACCGAGAUCGACGUUACGCAAUAAAAUUUACAAACUUGAUGCAGCUGAGGAUCAGCGUACAAAUGGUAGUGGUGGGAAAAAAAAGCACAUAAAUAAUUUUGGUACCACGUUAACACCGAACAGAGCUCAAUCACCAUCAGCUACUACCUUGGUGCCUUUUCCGAACGAUGCUAAUACUUGUUCUACAAAGAUUAUUAUACCUCCUACGCAGGCGCUUAUAAAAAUUGAUAGUGUGUCGGUGCCGGAAAUUAUCCAGGAUAUUGGUGCAAAUAAUAAGCUUCAUUUUGCGAAUCGAGAGCCAAUCAACGCAAAUGAUGUUGUGGAGAAUAAAAAGUCGCUUUGGUCACCAUUUACACAUCGGCAAAUAUGCGAACCAAAGAAUGUUCAUACGGAAGAAAAGAAAACUGGUAGAAGCCCGUCAAAUAAUACCGAAAGUCAACAUGACUGGAAAAAGUCACGUCCAAAACGAGGCCAAUACAGAAAGUAUAAGAAGGAUGCACUGGACGAAGCAGUCAGAUCGGUGCGUCGCGGUGAAAUGUCGGUGCAUCGCGCUGGUAGCUUCUAUGGGGUACCUCAUUCAACUUUAGAAUACAAAGUAAAGGAAAGAAAUUUAACCCGUAUAAAGUGUAAGAGGACUACAGCAGAAAAUCUUUUCGAGAAAACUAAUUCUGAUCAUCGUGCGAAUUCCAAUAAUACGGAAGAUUCACUACCGAAAAAUUCACCUCGGCAGCCAUCGUUAACUAUUCCAACCAUGAGUGAUGUAGGUGCGACAUCAGCUAUGAGGGCAGUUGGUGUAUUGACCUCUGUGACAUCUGCAGUCCCUUCGUAG